AUGGCUUCGCUGGACGAGGCAAGACUGGCAGAUAAGGCAGCAAUUGUCAACAUUGAGGAACAGCUUGAAAAGGACGAACAAGAAGAAUGGGAGUACGAAUACUCAACUACCGAAACAGAGACAUACUAUUUGACUGUCGAUCUUUCAUUUCCAGAAUUUAAGGACCGACAGCCAAGAGCGCCUCACCACAGCCGCGGCGGGUAUUACAAAACCUGGCUCGAUCACAAUCCGAGUUUGAGAGGUGUUCAUGCUGGGGAUGAUAAUGAUGACGAUAAUGACAAUGAGCCACUCCCAGAACGAGAGGCUGAUGACGACGAACCUGAAAUCGAUCCGGCGCUAAGCAAUGACAAAGAUAAAGGCAAAGCUGUCGACAGAGGCGAGCCAGAGGACGACACAAGAGACGAUGUGGAUAAGACACGUGGUGAGAAUGAAAGUAUCCAGAUUCUUGAGCUACAUUCAGAAAGACCGGUCAUCUCAUACAAAGGACGCACAUUCGAGGGGUCGUGGGCGGAAGUCAUUGGCACCGAAGCUAUCUUUGCGACACGCGACAGCGAUCGUCCCCUCCCCGUUCUGCGCCAUCUAGAUGGAAAUAUUGAUUUUCUCGGCGCAUGUGCGUCGAGAAUCGCCACCAAAGAGACUAUUGUCAAGCCAAAAAUUAUUAGAGAGGAUCCAUUAGCCGCUAUUAGGGAGGAAUGGAACAUCCGAAUUCCCGUUGGAAAAGACAGGUCAGGAGAAAGAGCUGAACAGACACGGUUCCUAGAAAACUUGAUGGCGAUCAAGAAGAGGAACAAGGAGAAGGAUCAGGUCACCGUAUGGGCUAAAGACGGCGAGGGUCAGGACUUCAAAGACAACCGAGACCCUGACUACAAACCUAGGCGAAGAAGAAGAUUACUCAAUGAGGAUGGAGAGGAAGUCAUUCCAAAACGCGAGAGACGACGUGCAAGUGGGCGUAGGGGCGGUCGUCCCCGACUUCGACCCGGGGUUGUUCGUGGACGAGGCUCAACGGCUCCUACUACAUCGGCAACUAGAGAUCUGGAAAGUACCGUGCAUGAAGGGAAUAUGUCAACUCCCACUCCAAGCAGAUGGAAUGAACUGCAUGGGAGAGCUGAUGAAUACAUGGAUCAUUCUGACGAUGAGGAUGAUACGGAUGAUGAAGAAGAGGACGGUGAUGAGGAGGACAUGACAAUGGCAGAUUGA